GGAAUAUAACAAUUACUUUAAUGAAACACUUAAUGAGUAAACAAAAGCAUCAAUGACAUUGAAAAAUGUUUAAAUCAAUUACUGAUCCAACUUCUCCAUUGUUCGCGUGUCCUAUUUUUUAUAACAAAUGUGUUCUUAUUUCAAUACUUUUUUCGGGAGAGUAUAAAUUUUUUUUUUUUGAAGGCUCUUUAUUAAUUAAUGCAUUUUUCAAACACUAACGAUGUGGUUGACUGACGCUUGGCGAGUGUUAGUAAUUACUAUGCUAUUAUCACUAAAAUGGGCAAAAGCAGCAACAGUAGCCGAUAACAAUCGCACAAUGUCACCGUUAUCUGCGAUUGCGGCAGCCGAAUUAGUUGCCAGUGCUGAUCAUUUAACGAACAAAAACAAGUCGGCAAUUCGUGUGGACGUUUGUAUGUUGAACGCUUGUGAAGCUUAUGUCCGAAUGCGCGACGACCUCGCCAACGCCGUGGGGCCGAUCAACAAAAAGUUACGGGACGGCGAAGGUAUGUUAGGCGGAGACCUGAGUGCCGUCCUCGAAGGUCGACUCCAGCGACUUGACAGGAGACUCCGAUCAGUCGAACAACCUGUGUGGACAAUAUCGUCGGGACACGGCCGGUGGAGACGAUGCGACCAAGGACCUUGCAAGUGCAGAGUCGAAACGCACUCAUUGAGCUGCUGGAGAAAGGAUUUCGACGAGAUCCCGUCGAACCAAAACGUACCGUUCGAUGUAAACGCAAUAGAUUUAAGUACAAAUCGAAUUAUAUCAUUGCACAAAGAUACUUUCAAAGAUUUGACCAACUUGACAGAACUAGACUUAACAGACAAUGAUAUCGACUACUUACCAGCAACAAUUUUCAAUACUCUGGAACACCUGACAAAAUUGAGAUUUCACAGAAACCAUUUGUUUGAAGUGCCGCUGUUGUUUCAGAAAAAUACGGAAUUGCAAAUAUUAGACAUUUCAAUGAACAACAUAAAAAAGUUACCCGAAGAUCUAUUUCAGUCUUCUAAAAAUUUACUACUUCUACACAUAUAUGGAAAUGGAAUAGAAGUUUUACCAAAAUCAAUUUUUAAAGGUCUUAAUCAAUUAGAAGAUCUCGAUAUAUCUGCUAACAUGCUCGUAGAAUUGUCUUCAGAUGUAUUUAAAGGCAUGGUGUCGCUUAAAAAACUAAAAUUACAAGAAAAUCAGUUACAACAAUUACCUUUAGGAGUAUUUAAUGAUUUAGAGUGCCUAGAAGUAUUAUCCUUGAGAAAUAAUCACAUAUCAUUUAUUCGACCAGGAUUAUUUAGUAACAUGCGCCGAUUGAUACAUUUGGAUUUAACUGAAAAUUGGAUAUCACUACUCAAUGGUAAUGAAUUCACAGACUUGGUAUCUUUGAACGAACUUCAUCUUGGUCAAAAUUAUUUAGACUUUAUUCCCAAAAAGUCGUUUAAAAAUUUAGCCUCUUUAGAAAAACUUUACCUGUUUUCAAACAACAUUCAAAGCAUAGAUGAAGAGAGUUUUUACGGAUUGAAAAAUUUAUCUUCGUUAUUUCUUAACAAUAAUAUGAUAAAAGUAUUGGAAGACAAACUAUUUGCACCACUGGCUAAUCUAAAAAAAUUGUAAUUUUCAUUGACGCUCAUAAUUUUACAUAAUACGCAACUGAAAUCUAGAUUAUAAAUACAAUAAAUACUUAGGUAAUUAAACUAAAUUUAAAUGGUACUUACUGACAUAUC